GGUUCCGCCCAGCCCCGGAACCGCGGCGGGGGGCGGUAGUGCCGCUGCGGGGAGCCCUGCCAUGGCCCGGGGCUGCGCGUAAGUGUGCGGGCUGCGGGGCUGCGGGGUUGCGCCUGGGGGGGGGGCGUGGGGUGCCCUCGGUGGGUUCAGGGUUCGGGGACGGCCCCUCCCUGCCUCCCUCCCCCGGCAGGUGCCAGCAGCGGUGUGGAGCGGCGGAGCCCGCAGCCAUCCCUCUGCUUCCACUCUCGGGCUGCUGCGGGGCUGAAGGGCGGGCAUUCGGGUGCCGUGUCACCAGCAGGGCAGCCCGCUGGACCCGAAGGCUGGAAAAUUGCAGAGGCUGUGCCAGGGGUUCCCGUUUCCUGCCCCGUAUCGCAUCGUAGCGGUUGGGUGUUGGGGUGGGCUCGGGUUUCGGCUCCCGCCGUGCUGACGUUUGCUCUCCGUGCCCAGCACGGCGCCGUGCGCUCGCAGCGGGACCUCCGCGCCGCAGGGCGGGUGGGAACGGGGUUUGUCCUCAACACGGGUUGGGACGGGUUCUCGGGGUCGUGGAGGUGCUUGGGGGGCUGAAAUGGGCUCUGGGGGGGAACUGGGCCUGGGUCCUGCUGAGGGCGCUUCUCCCGAGGUGCGGUGAUGUGCGCUCAGGAGCGCUGGGGAGAGGGCGGCGGUGCUGGUGAGGCGCGGGAGCGGCUGGGUGUGCUGGGCACAGAGCUGAGGAGCUGAGGGGAGCCUCAUGGCGGCUGCAGCUCCUCACACGGAGCGGAGGGCAGCGCUGGGCUCUGCUCUGUGUGACAGCGAUAGGGCCCGAGGGAACGGCAUGGAGCUGUGCCAGGGGAGGGCCGGGGGGGGGUAGGGAAAGGCUCUGCCCCACAGGGCGGUGGGCAUGGAACAGCCUGCCCAGGGCAGCGGACACGGCCCUGAGCUGCCAGAGCUCACGGAACACUGGGACACUGCUUGUAGAUGUUGGGUUUGGGUGGUGCUGUGUGGAGCCUAGAGCUGGACUUGGUGACCCUCAUGGGUCCCUUCCAACUGUAUUCUGAUUCUAUGGGGAUGGGUUUUGUCCCUGUUUUCAUACGAUGUGGACGCAGCUGCAUCUUGUGUGUGGGAGGGGUAUGUUCAUCAAACCUCACUGUGGGGAGCAAAAGAAACAAAAUGCGGACCCGGUGCAGCAGGAGUUGGGGCCCGGGGUCACACACGUGAGGUUGUUGCAGCCAUCACUCACAUUCCCUUUUGGCAGAGGGUGACGCUGUGCUGGGACUGGAGGAGCUGCUGCAGCCGGCAGGGAUCCUUGCGAGGAAGCAGCAGAGCAGCCCGGCUGCCCGCACAGCGUUUGGCCUCGCAGACCCACGGCCGCUUUAUGAGGCAUCACUUUAUGCAUCUGUGCUUUCAAGGCUUUCGGGGACAGAGACUUGUGUUCUGGGUCUCGGUGGAGGUGGGAACUCUCUGUUUUCUUCUCCUGAGAAUCCCAGUCUGGCUGCAAAGGAAACUUUCUUCCCACUCCUCUGCAAGAAGUGAUAGAGGAAACAAGAGCCAUGUACACUUUCCUGCCUGAAAACUUCACACCGGUGAAGCAGAAGCCAUCCAAGGAGUUGAGGCCCAUGCUGGGGGCCGUCACGCUGGGCCUCAUCCUGUUCAUCGCCGCGGUGGUGGCCUGGUGCUACUACACGGUGUCCCUACGGAAGGCAGAGCGGCUGAAGACGGAGCUGAUGGACCUGCGGGCGGAUGGCUUUGUCAUCAGGAACCAGCACGGGGAGGUGGUGUUCCGGCUGGCGUUCCGCUCGGGGAGCCUGGACCUGGAGUCGUGCUCCAAGGAGGGCGAGAUCCUGAGCUGCACGCGGUCGGACCGGGGGCCGCUCAACUUCUUCAUCCAGACGGUGAAGCCCAAGGACACGGUGAUGUGCUACCGCGUGCGCUGGGAGGAGCUGGCGGCCGGCCCGGCGGUGGAGCACACCAUGUUCUGGGAGGACGCCCACUGGUACGGGGGCUCGGAGAUGAGCACCCAGCACUGGCCCAUCCGCCUGGCGGGCUACCAGGAGCCCGUGCCCUACGUCACCAGCGACGUCUACUCUUUCCGCGACAGCUUUGGGGGCAUCCUGGAGCGCUACUGGCUCUCCUCCAAGGCGGCGGCCAUCAAGAUCAAUGACUCGGUGCCCUUCCACCUGGGCUUCAACGCCACCGAGCGCUCCCUCUUCUUCCAGGCCCGCUACAAGGACUCUCCCUACAAGCCCCCGCCGGGGCAGCAGCCCUUCCCCGAGCUGAGCUACAGGGUGUGCGUGGGCUCCGACGUCACCUCCAUCCACAAGUACAUGGUGCGCAGGUACUUCAACAAGCCUUCCAAGAUCCCUGCUGAGAAUGCCUUCCGCUACCCAAUCUGGUCCACGUGGGCCCUCUACAAGAACGAUAUCGAUCAGGAUAAACUCUUGCGAUUUGCUGAAAAGAUUAAGAAAUACCGUUUCAACUGCAGCCACAUUGAAAUUGAUGACAUGUACACACAGGCCUAUGGGGACUUCGACUUUGACCCUGUCAAGUUCCCCAAUGUAACUGAGAUGUUUGCAAAACUGAGGGAAGAUGGGUUUAAGGUCACUCUGUGGACACACCCUUUCAUAAACUAUAAUUCCUCAAAUUUUGGGGUGGGGAUUGAGCGUCAGCUCUUCAUCAAGGAGCCCUCAGGGCGGCUGCCAGCCAUGGUGGAGUGGUGGAAUGGCAUUGGAGCCAUCCUGGACUUUACCAACCCAGCAGCCCGGGACUGGUUCCAGAGUCACCUGCGCCAGCUCCGUCACAAGUACGGCAUCUCCUCCUUCAAAUUUGAUGCAGGUGAGACCAGCUACCUGCCCAAGCAGUUCAGCACCUUCCGGCCUCUCUCUGACCCCAGCAUCUGGUCCCGGCGCUACACUGAGAUGGCCAUCCCCUUCUACGAGCUGGCUGAGGUACGGGUGGGCUACCAGUCACAGAACAUCUCCUGCUUCUUCCGCAUCAUUGACCGUGACUCUGUGUGGGGCUAUGAGCUUGGCCUCAAGUCUCUCAUUCCUACAGUGCUCACCAUCAGCAUGCUGGGCUACCCCUUUAUUUCUGCUGACAUGAUUGGGGGAAACUUCCUCCCCAACAAGACAGACGGAGCGGUUGAGAUCCCAGACCGGGAGCUGUACAUCCGAUGGCUGGAGCUGUCAGCCUUCAUGCCUUCCAUGCAAUUUGCCAUCCCACCGUGGCUCUACGACAAGGAGGUGGUAGAGAUCGCACAGAAGUUCACAGAGCUCCACGAGUCACUGGUGGCCCCGCUGCUGCUGGAGCUGGCUGGGGAGGUGACCGACACGGGAGACCCCAUCAUCCGGCCCAUCUGGUGGAUCUCGCCCCGUGACGAGGCCACGCACCGCAUCGACUCGCAGUUCCUCAUUGGGGACACCCUCAUGGUGGCUCCUGUGCUGGAGAUGGGCAAGCAGGAGCGCGAUGUCUACCUGCCGGCGGGCAAGUGGCGCAGCUACAAGGGGGAGCUCUUUGAGAAGACGCCAGUGCUGCUCACGGACUAUCCUGUCGACCUGGACGAGGUUGCCUACUUCCUCUGGGUUUCCUAACAGCCUCCUCCAUCUGCUUUGGGAUAACCAUGCCUUACGCUACAACUUUUUAACAAAUAAUAAUUCUAAUUGCACAUUUCAUUUGGGACUGGGACUGUGGAAGUGUAUUGAACAGACUUCGUUCUCCUUGGGGAUUUUUUUUGUUUUUGGAGGAAGGUGGUCUGUUUUUUUUUUUUAUUUGGGGGCAGGUGGGAGGCUGCAGUUGAGUUGUAGUAGGCAGAAUUUUCUCUUUGUAUGUGAAGACAGAGUUGUCAUACAGUCAAACCUAAUACCUUUACCUCGGUUCCCUAGGAUUUUAAGAGGUGAGGUUUGGUUAGUGCCUUGUGGGAGCAUUUCUUGUCCCAUGGGAGCGCCCAGCACUGGCUUGGGGGUGUGUGAUGUGGGAGGGUUGCUACAGUACUGCCUGCCUUAAGUUUUCUAAUACUGCAAGUAUAUUUAAAAAGACUUUUUCAGAGCAGCAAAGAAACUAGAUUAUAUAGAGAUAUAUAUACAGAUUUAUUCCCCCCCGCCCCCCAUAGCAUGGCAGUGGACUAACACUUGCCCGUCCUCUCGGGUACCAGGCAGGCCAGGUUACUCGCGUGACAUGCAGUUAUUUCAGUUGAACAGACUACGUAUUGCUUGUAUCCCACCUCCUCGCCCAUCUGAUGCUGCUGCAAGGCUCUUGCCUGUGUGUUUCGCCUCGGGUGUCAACACUGCCUUUUCUGUAGCAGUGCCGUUCAUACCAGUGUGCCCAAUCAAUCUUCUUAACACAUUAUGGUCCUGCUUUGUUACAGGACAGUAACAGGUCUUCUUUUUAUUUUUUGUAAGGACAGAUGAGCUUUCAGGUUUGUUGCUGGCAGAAGGACUGCCUGAAGCAUAGCUGAUCUCUAAGGGUCUGUGUGCCGCUUCCCUGGGAACAGCAGGUUCUUGCGAGCGGCACAAGUCUUCGAUGUAAUGUUUGCUGCUAGCCAGCUUGCUGGUGGGUGAAAAGCACCAGCUUUUGCAUUGAUGUUUUUGUGCCAGUGGGUGUUCUCACUGCAACCAAGGAAAUGUUCUCAUGUAGCAUGAAAUUAAGCUAAUAUCCAUCUCCGUCUCGGGUUGGAGUUAGAGAAAUGAUAAUGUUCUGCAGGGCUUUUCUGAAGCAGCCCUUCUCUCUGUCAUGGAGAUGCAGGGGACUUCUUCAGCUUUUGGGCUUCUUGUCGGAGGUUUCUGGAGGAGACGUGGGAUGACGUGUUCCUGUGCCCACAGUCCCCAGCACUAGGAUGGACUAGACUUCGGCUCAGGCCCGUCCUGUUGCCUCCAUGGGGAUUUUCUCAGCAUUUCUCCCUCCUCCUUUUUCAGGAUGCUUUCCCAGCUUUCCCGUUUGGUUUUGUUCAGGAAGACGCACUUAUAGAGACACAGGCAAUCUCCACUCUAAGCAACCAGAAGCAGGAUUGCAGUCUGGCAGCCCUGCUCCCUGGGGCAGGACUUUCCCAGCUGUGCCCUGGCUGCUGGCAUCUCUCAGCCCAUUCAUUUUUAACAUGCCUUCUCAGAACUGAGCCACAUUGUCUGGGAAGGCAAGGGGCAAGGAGAGCACAGCAGCUGCAGGUCUUCUUAUGGGAUUGUGUCCAGGCGUGAAUCCACCACCCAGGGAAAUGGAGCAGCUUUUUGGGUAGAGUUGGAUACCAGUGAUAGUACUUCUCUAAGGCCAACUGCUGCUGGGUUUGCAGGAGGCAGAAAAGGAGAUGCACCUAUGGGUUGUGAUAGCGUCCACAGGUGGAAAGUCAGGUGUUUGGGGGCAAUAUCUAAAGUGUUUUUAUAGUCAGGAAGGAAGUGAGAGUGUUCAUUGUCAUGGAUGCUGUCCUUGGGGAUCUUCAGAAGCUGUCUGGAUGUGGUCCUGGGCAACCUGCUCAAGGUGUCCUCUGCUUGAGGCCUCCAGAGGUCCCUUCCAACCUCAGCCAUUUUGUGAGUCUGUGCCUCUUUGGAACCAACCUGUUGUCUGACUGGAUCUGCUCUGUGUAAUUUGGUGUUUUGGCCUCAAAACCAGACUCAAGGGAGUCCUAAGGUCCAGCAGGAACACAGGCAAGUCCCAGGCUCAGCCCCUGAGCCUGUUUCUUGUGGCUUUCGCUGUGGAGGGCUCAUGUUUGCUCUCUGGCCCCAGUACAAGUAGCGGUGGCUUUCCAGGCUACAAACACACUCUGACAAGGUUUAGCCUUCCUAGUAGAAUCCCUUUACUGUGAAAAUGAUGGCAGGAACUGCAUGAGUGCCUUGAUCCCCUCUUAGAAGUCAGUAAAAUCCAUUGUACUUUGCAUAGGAGCAGAUGGGGAGAGCUUGUGUCCUCUGCUUCCAUCCCUCAGCUCAGGGGAGUCAGGUGCCAGCUGCCAGAGGAGGCAGAAGCUGGUGCUGCAGCUGGACUUUACGGGUAGUGGUGGCAGACUGGGUCCUUCCUGGGAGGUGUGGGAUCUUAAAGUCCUGUGUGGCUGCACCCUAGCAGCUUUGUGCCAGGAAAGCACUGAAAUUCAGCAGGGCUCUGUCAGGAGGGAAAAUCUCCAUUAGACACACCGUCCUCCUUCCCCUCCCCUCAAAAGAAAGAGGUUUAUUGUCAAAGGUGUUUAUUAACUAGUUGUGAAUGAGGAAGAUUAUAGAGUAACCUUAUUUUUCUAAAUGCUGUGGUUAGGGCUGAAGGGGUCAUGGCCAUUCAGUGUUCCAGAUAGGAGGAGGGAGAAGUCGGGAGGAGGGCAGGGAUGAAGCCCUGGAGCAAGGGCUCAUCUGACUGUCACUCCCUGGGUCCAUGGCACCAAGCCAUUUUGGGGACAGGCUCAGCAAUGCUCCCUCAAGCUAUCUCAUAAGCUCCUGGAUGCUCUCUCCAUCAAGCUUUUUAUCAAAACCACUAUUUCUAACAUUAUGCUGCAGCCCAGGUUGAGCAUCCCUAAGACUCUGCAGAUUACAAGCUCUCUGUGCAUGGACACUUUGGGAACCAAUACCCAGGGAGGUUUCACUGGGUUACACAGUGGGUCACUGUCCAAAACCAGGUUAAUUCAGCCAAGGAAAAGCCUCAAAGCAGGUGUUGGGGAUUGGUUCAGUCAGCACUAGCAGGUGGUGAUGAGCAGCAGGUCAGUGUGAUGCCCAUGGGGUUGGGGUUUUGAAGCUUAUUUUGCCAUGUGUGAGCUUUAGAGGGUGGUUGGGUUUCACAUGCUUUCCUAAGUUGGACUGCAGUGCUAGUGGGAUUGUUUUUAACCACUUUUCUAAUUCCAGUUGUUAUGAAAACAGAGCUGUAACUUGAAUUGCCUUGAUUGAUAAAAAACUUUGGAAAACAAAA